AUGAAUACUGACUUUGCUUGGUCGUCAAGGAGUCCUGAUUCGCAAACGGAAGAGUUAGACGACGUAUAUCUCGAUACCGUGACCAUCCACCGACGCGAAUAUCAGAAAUUCUCCAUCGACAACCAGAUAUCUUUUGAACCAGUGGACGAUGACGAAGCAGAGCGCCUCGAACUUCAACACCGCGUUUUCAAUCAGGUUUUUGACAACCGUCUGAUUUUCCCUCCUAUACCCCGUCUUCGAAAGGUCCUGGAUUGUGGUUACGGCACUGGGUCCUGGGCCAUCGAAGUUGCCGAGCAAAAUCCGGACUGCGAGGUAAUUGGUCUUGAUAUAUUCCCACAUAUGAACCCAGACGAUACACCGGAGAAUCUGUGGCUACAGGUCGAUGAUUUGAACCGUUCAUUUACCUUCCCCUCCAACCAUUUUGACCUUGUCCACUCGAGGCUGCUUGCAACCGGGAUCAACAAGGCCCGAUGGCCAUCUUAUAUUCGAGAUAUUAAAAGAGUGCUUAAACCCGGAGGCUGGGUUCAACUAGUCGAGAUAUACUUCAACGUCCAGUCUGACAACGGCUCGAUCACCGAACGAAAUGCAUUGAGGCAAUGGAGCAGUCAGCUCAUGGGUUCUCUUGAGACAAAAGACCUUCGCGUGGGAACACGGCUGAGGAAUCUCCUGACUACAGCGGGUAUGACAGAAGUAGAUGUUAGAAUGAUCCCACUUCCUCUGUGCGCAUGGUCUAAUGACCCAAGAAUGCGAGAUAUCGGCUCCGUUAAUCGCGAGAAUAUAAAGAGGCUGUUGCCGAGCUUGGCGCUGUAUCCUUUUACUCAACACUUGGGAAUAGAUUUAGAGGAGUUUGAGGAUCUGAUAUCACGAGCACAGCAAGAGGCUGACACUUCUGGCCUGAAGGCGUACUUCCCCUUGUACGUUUGUAUCGGACGAAAGGCCUUGUGA